AACAGACAAAGAAUCAGAAUCACAGACAGAAGACAAUCAGCAUACUGAAUAUCUCAACUCAACAACUUCCUCAAUCCAAUCAACAAAUUUAUAUGUUCCCAAACCACACUCACACCAACCACACCACCACCACCACCACCAAAAUGCCUUCCCCACGCACCUCCUACGCCUCAUCCACCUACUCCUACUCCACCACUGCCUCCAGCGCCGACACCAUCCGCGACGCCAAACAAUCCUCGUCCUCUAAGACACCCUCACCAAAAAAAGACUCCUUCCUCCAAAAAACAAAGAAAAUCCUCUCUGGCCCAUCACCAGAGAAGGAGGCGAUUAGAAAGGAGGCGCGUACGCCGACUCAGGCGAUGAUGGAGAAGACGUGA